GACAAGUCAAGGCCUUAUGGAGAGCAGCUUUAUGGGAGUGUAGUGUACUGAGUGUAGUUGUCCUGCUCAACAAUUUCAGUGACGACGAAGAAGAAAGAAAGCUCAUCCAACCCACGACCAGCGCCAGCAACCCAAACACACCCCAGCAAGACACGCGCACGCUACGUUAGAUCACCUGCGUCUUCUUCUCAUCUCAAAGUCUCUCCCUUCUUCUUCCUUCUCCUCUUUCGAGCUACAAACACCCCAAAAAGAAUCUCUUCAGUUCUAGCAUUAUGAGUGUUGAGUGUCCUAGUACGCUUGGCUUUCAUCGGCCCUUGACGUCUCUUGUCAAGGAGACGAUUCUUGUUCGCAACCCAAACAAUCGACCUGUUGCCUUCAAGGUCAAGACUACUGCACCAAAGCAGUACUGUGUGCGACCCAACUCUGGCAGGAUCGAGCCUGGUCAGGAAGUGGAAGUACAGGUGCUAUUGCAGGCGAUGAAGGAAGAUCCAGCAGAGGAUUUCAAGUGUCGCGAUAAGUUCUUGGUCCAAAGCACCAUCAUCACGCCUGAUCAUGAAUCCUCUGGCAUUCCCGAACUCACUUUUGCUAACAUGCUAGUGGGCCGCCAUGGAGCAGAACAAACGUCAAGAGAUCCACGAGAAGAAGAUUCGCUGUGCCUUCUUGCCAAGGGAAGGAUCUGCUGUUCCCAGGCACUCGAUUGAACCUUCCAGAGAGACU